AUGCUGCCGACGCACAUGUCCGGCCGCAAGCGGCCCGUGGGGGCGUACGCUCCUCUCCCUCUUUCUGGCAACUGGAUCUCCCAGCUGCGCGUGCGUUCGCGCUUGACGAACCUCGCUGUUCUGCUGUUGCUGUCGACACUGGGCUUGUCGCUGCUGUACAACCUGAAGCAUGCGCUUUUCUCUCCGACGCCGAAAUACUCCGCCAAAGCAUGGAACGUCGAUCUCCCGCCCGAGCUGGCCGGCAGGCCGCCCAGUGUCGAGGCAACUAUUAACCGCGACCCGCGCAUGCGUGCCGUCGACCAUCUCGUUAUGGUUCCCGGACACGCGGUGUGGCUCGGCACUGACCCCGAACGUGUGCACCGUGAUGAGGACUGGGUCCUCGAGCCAAUGCAGCGCGGUGGAAGCGUCAACACUUACGUGAAGCACAUCGAACGUGCCGCCGCCGUCGCUCGGGACGACCCCCACGCGCUUCUCGUGUUCUCUGGCGGCGCCACCCGCUCGCACCUAACCUCGCCUCUCUCCGAGGCGUCCAGCUACCACCGUCUCGCUGCUGCCCGCGGCCUUCUCCGGAGUCCAGCCGAGGGCACGUCUCUGCCCGUGGCGCAGCGCGCGACGACAGAGGAGUACGCUCUGGACAGUUACGAGAACCUCCUCUUCUCCAUCGCGCGGUUCCGCGAGGUCACGGGCCGAUGGCCCGACAAGAUCACCGUGGUCGGGUACGGCAUGAAGCGCAAGCGCUUCGAGCAGCUGCACCGGGGUGCGAUCCGCUUCCCGGCCCAGCGGUUCCGAUACAUUGGCAUCGACGACGAGGGCAACACGUCCGAGCACUACCUCGGUGAGCUGAAGCAUGGCUACGCGCCGUUCCUCUUCUCGCCUGCGGGCUGUCGCCCCCCGCUCUCCACUAAGCGCCUCGACCGGAACCCCUUCUCGCGCUAUCCGUCGUACCACUCCAGUGUCCCCGAGCUCGUGCCGCUGCUCGAGUGGUGCCCCCAGUCCACGCCUGUGGGCGAGGUCGGCGUCCCGACGUCCAUUGGCCAGCCGGGCUCCGACCGCUCGGCGGGUGAGGGAGAGGGUGAGGGCCACUUUGGCGACACGGCGGGCAUGCAGCCGCCCAAGGGCUUCCGCGUGUUCGAGGGCAAGGUGCCCUGGGCGCGAUGA